AUGUGGUUCGGUCGACGCAAAUCAAGCAUUCCCGUCGAGCCUCAGACUCAGCACCAAGCCCGGGCUGUUCAGGAUGAGCGGGAAACUCGUCGAAGAAACCGACUGUCCAAACCACUUACCAGCAAGAUAUCCACAAGUAUAUCCACAACCAGUCUUCAAGAGCCCGUAUCUCGAAGCAAGAAUACCAGCACGGCCGAGUUGGUGACGACAGGUCCCUUGUCCUCUCACCCUGACAAUCCCGCCCUUCGACGCCAGAUUCGAAAUCAGGUGUUCGACUCGGAUAGGCUCCAAUCCAUGAAGAACGACUCGACAUGGAGCGUCGCCUAUAUGGUCAACCAGAUUGAUAAGAAAAGUACAUCGGACGAAGCCUCUCAGCCACAAGAGCCUCCUCCCUCACCUCCCAAACCGAAAAAGCGAGCAUCUCUUUUGUUGCGGCGGUUGUCUGCGCAGGGAUCGUCAGGUCUGGCUCGCUCGGGAAGUAAGGAAAGAGCUGGCCCAUUGAAAGGUGAUGCAGCGGCCUCGUCGACUCCGGAUUCGUCUCUAGAUCAAAUUGUCGAUUCACCCUCCAUUCCUCCUACUCGUCGAGCUUCUUUCACGCCUGGCACUGCCACAAGAAAGCCAUCUGCAACCCCGCCGAAAGAAGACAUCAAAGAGGAAGAGAGUGUGAUUGAGGAUAAAAAAGACAGGAAUAUUGUUCCCUCAGACGACUAUGACUGGCAGCCUCCGCCUCCCAUGAUAGCUGGUCGUGUCGGUACACCGGCGUCCUUGAAUUAUUCGCAUUUGGCGGGUCUAAGGCAUGGCUCUCUACAAAUCGUCAAUGGACGAGCUUCACCGACCUUCAGUGAGAUCUCCAAGGUUUCGAGACCCCUUUUGCCCGUGCCAAAACAACUCCGAGACGUCUCGAGCGAUUAUGGUGACGCCGAUGAGGAGUCUGCAGAACAGAUCACGACCAUAAGGGGUUCGUCCAGGGGAAAUACUCCUGAUGAGAAGAGUAACCGCCGGAACUUCAGUUGGGAAAGCAACGAUGACGGAGCUUCCAGAGUGCACCCUCUUCAGAGUGUCGUGUCCGUAACGGUAGAGACAGUGCCCGAUCAAGACGAAGACCAGACAUCUUUGAUGGCCAAGGCAUAUAUGGCUGAGCUUCCUACGAGUCCAUUCUCAUCCGGAUCUCUACGAAGGAGUAAGUCUGAGGGGUCGCUGCAGAAUUUGCCGUUGCCCGUGGAGGCCAGGAGUUAUUCUCCAAUGAGUCCGCUCGAAGGAUCGCUUUCUCCUAGUGGUUCGGUCAUCCACAGGCAGAGAGUGCGGACGGAUGAUGACGCGUCUCGUGAAAGCGUGAUGAGUUGGUACUCGCCGGUCGAGCCACGCGUACCGGCCGACGAAGCGUUCAAAUCAGCGCUCGAGUUCCAAGCUCAACCGUCGCCAACCCGGCUCCAACUUCCUCGCGCACUGGAGAAGUCAGACAGUGGUUAUAGCUCAAUCAACUCACUCCGGUCGCUUCAAAUGUCGAAAGCAGUGUAUCCUAUUGAGACGGAGUCUUUGCCAAACAUACCUGCUCCAGCAUCGAAUGUCCGACCUGCACAGCUGGAGCGGAGGGCGUCUCUCCUAGACCGUGGACCGUCCAUUCUGAAGCCGCGUAAGAUGGAGCCUCAUCUACCAACAUUUGCCAAUUCACGACCUGCCGCCAUCUCAUUGAACUCUGCCCCGGCUGUGACUACAUCGGAAGUUGCUCCCGUCAAGCCCGCAAAGAUUCGAAAGAAGCUGCAGAAAAAGCGUCCAUUAAGUCAGCCCCCAGGGAAGAUUGCCGUAACCCGAGUACAAUCAUUUGAUGGCGAUUCUGUUCCCCAAAUCCCUGCCGAAGCACGAGAGAACCUUCAAAUUCGUACCCAGGAAGUUCCCGAGCUUGAACAAACAUAUGUUCCACUCAAUCACAUGAGGAAUCAAGCCAGCAUAUCGAACAUGAAUCUGCCUUCGACUGAGAUCCGAUUUCCUUCACCUAACCCCGAGCAAGAAAUGCACGGAAGGAGAUCUCGUUCUUGCGGUCGACCCAGGUCAUGGAUUGGUCGCUCCAAGGAAGACAAUAUAAGCUCGCGGCGCAAUUCCGGUAUCAGUCAGGCUGAGGCAAGAGCCAUCAUCAAUGAUUUUGGCACUGUGGCCUCAACGCUAGGCGGUAGCCCUUACGAUUUGGUGCAUGGGAACAUUGUCUCUGAACGGUUGACAAGUCCAUAUCCCUACAAUAUUUCUACUGUCGCACCUCGGCGACGAUCCAUGAUGGAUGACAAAGCUGCAGCCGAGCUUGCCCGAUUACGGAGUCGAUCUAUCCAAGAACGUGAUCGUAUGUUGGCCGAGAGAAGACCAUCAUUCAACGAUAGGGGGGGUAUUCCUGGCAAAUACCUGAGUCCAGCAAGUUUGGCCAGUGAUGCUCCUCCAAUCACCCCUGAGAUGUUACAGAAGGCGUGGCGAACAUCGUCGCAGCAGCAGAGACAGUUCUCGAUGGGCAGUGGACCAGCUCCUCCUCCCCCGCCACAUUCUCCACGGCCUUCCUAUGUCGACUAUGAAGAAGAUUAUUCGGAUAUGGCAAUUGCUCCUCCACCGCCAUCUCAUUCUCCUCGACCUAUGGAUAUAACCCCAGAUUCGUGGGCUGCACAGGCUGCAGCGUGGAAAGCUCGAAAGCAGCCUGCCGGUGAAGCACUGAAAACCCAGUCUUGGGAUUCUCAAAACUAUGAAAAACAUCAUAAAGUUGAAGAUGAGCCGCUCUACCCCGUCAUUCCUCCACGGAACCCGUCACAACAAGGAUGGACACAACGUCUCUCACCUGAAGAGUAUUCCUCUCCGCAUGAAGAGCAUUAUUGUGGAUAUACCGGUAACACGCGGCCUCAACGACAGCCCUACUCAUCCUAUGUAGAUUCGUAUCAUCAUUCGAACGAACAGACAUCUGCCUACAUGCGACAGUCCCGACGACGCUCCGCUAUUCAGGACUAUCAGCCAUCACGCGGCCGGAGCAGUCGGUCACGUGAGCCAAUUCAACGUCGACCUCUACCAUCCCCGAGACUGUCCGGAUCCGCCUCACGCGAUUAUGGCCCUAGUUCACAGUCGAAAGCACCUAGUGUUUGCAGCUUGGCAUCCUCACUUGCCGAGGAGUUACAUCCACCUGAUCUAGAGGGAUCUCAGCCACCCCCUGAAUUCGGACGAUAUUCGAGUGGUAUGGGCUUCGGAUAUGAACGAGAUAACGGGUUCAGAGGAUCGGCAAGAACGAGGUCUGUGAGUGGAAAAGUGGAUGGAUCAAGGAAGCGUGUUUUCUUGAGAGCCAGUUUUGGAGUCGAUUUAGGCGAUGUUCCUGCCAUGGCAAUGGCUAGAGGUUAG